UGCGAAUGCUCUCGCAUUUCCUGCGGAUCAUUCCUAUUUCCUGUAAACAUUGGACUGCGCAGCAGAGCCCACAAGUGAUUAUUUCGAAAUAUUCGUAUCAAAUGUGACCCUACGAGACAUGGUGACAACACCGAGGCGACAAGGAAUGCCCUUUAUUGAAGUCUUAUUUCGCAAGCAAGACCUCAACAUUAAUUGACAAGGACAUAUUCUGCAAAAUAUAUACCCAUCCUUGGGAAACGGUGGCGCAAGCAGCAUGGAGAAAGUAUCCAAAUCCUAUGAAUCCGGCAGUAAUUGGCACGGACGUUAUAGACAGACAAGUAGUCGAUGGUGUCCUACAUACUCACAGACUUGUUUCCAGCAAAUGGGGCUUUCCGAAGUGGGCACAAGCCUUGAUUGGUCAUGCGAGCAUCUGUUAUGCUAGUGAACGAAGUGAAGUUGAUCCUAACAACCGAGAAAUGAUCCUCAAGACAAGAAAUCUUACCUUUUGUAACUACAUUGCGGUUGACGAAACUGUAAAGUACUUACCUCAUCCACAUGAUUCAGGAAAGACUCUAUUGACUCAAGAGGCCGUGGUUACGGUACAAGGUGUUCCUCUUACUCACUACAUGGAGGACCUCUUGACUUCGAGGAUUUCAUUCAAUGCUAGCAAGGGAAGGCAAGCUAUGGAAUGGGUAAUUGACAAACUUGAGUCGGAGGUUAAAGACUUUGCAAACAAUGCCGUGAAAUCGACCGACGAACUCUUGUGUCAAACGCGCCGUCAGCUUGACGAUCUGACUGUAAAAACAAAACGGAGUAUGGACGAUCUUCAAAGUGCUGCAAAGAAAUCGUUCGACGGAAUUCACAAUUUAGCAACACCACCGUCAUCUCAGUCCAUGCCCAAAUUAUAGCGAAUGUUUCGAACUAGCUUCAAUCUUUUCAAUUAAUCUCGGCAGGCUUUCCCAAAAAUUUAUAUUCUGCAAACGCAAAAAUGACCGCAUGGGUUUUAGAAUUUUAAUAAUGGUUUUUCAAGGAGCCUGAUUAUAGCUAAAAUUCAAGAUUAUGAAGAGACCAUUAAGAGAAAUUGCAAAAUAGAUUAUAAGAAAAUUCCAAGUGAUAAAAUUUUAAGCAAAACGUAAAUAUGGCAAGAUUCAUGCUUGUAGAGUUUCUAAUUGCCUUUUCAUAUUGAAUUUAUAUUUCGUACAUACCUUUUUUGAAAUGUCUAUAUGAAAAUUUGAAAAAGUAAUUUUUGGUAAUGACUGUUUCUCUCUUGUUGAGAAGGAAGCUAGGAAAAUGGGGUAUGGAUAUAAAGAACUAUGUCUUGAAAUUGUGUUUACAUGUGAUGAAAGAUGUAAUUAUAUUUCAGGCAAUUUCUGUGAAAUUGCAAAAAAGGGGGAAAAAUCGACAAAUGUUUAACGACCGCAAUCUUUUUUUAUAUGCUUAAUUUACUUCAUUUAUUUAUAAAAUUGUGUAAAAUAUCUUGAAGUGAGCAGAUUGGCCUAUUGUCGAGAAGCCAGGAAAAUCCUGUUUAAUUACAAAUUAUUUUGAAGGAAAUUAUGAUGAUGUGCAGCCUUUGUGAACUGUACAAAAAGCUGUACAUGCAGUCCUGUAAAAAGGCUGGAAAGUAUGUUAUUUAUUUGGAAAUAAAGCGUUGUUGAGUAAAA